AUGACAAGCGCUUCCGCGUAUUCAAGAUGGGUUAGGCUGUUCCUACUCUCUCUCAUUCAGGUAUCCGAGUCAUCAACGAUCGAGAGUUACACACACAGCACCUCCCCCGUCGAUUUACCUGCUCUGUCUUACUCUACUACCGUCCGGUGGACCCACACCAAUAGCAUGAGUGACACCACCCUCCCAUCCACCUCUACCACCGGAUGGAGUAUUGACAUCUUAGAUAGUAGUGAUAUAUCUAUUCUCACUGAGGUGACCACCAUCACCAGCACCGCUCCUACGAUGUUAAUCAGCGAGACCGUAUGGGAAAAGAGCGAAGUUUCUCAACCACCUGCAUCAUGCUCAAGCUCCGCCGAAAGUCCCAAGCUAUCUUCAACUACCACUACGGAACCCCCUGCGCAAACUAGCUCCCAAGCGGAAGAUGAAAAUAGAGAGAAAGUGGACGAGCUCAUCGAAAAGGCUAAGAAUGGAUGUAAUGAGUAUUUCGGAUGUUUUGCCAUUAUCCUAGGUUUCGAUAAAGUAAGACUUGAAGUAUCACAAUGGGAACCAAUCACCGGACCAAAUUACUGGUCUGUAAAAUUAGAUAAUUCAGCUCAAGAUUAUAGUUGGAAAUCCUUCAAAAUUCUCAUUGAUGGUGAUGGUGAUCAAGGUUUGAUAGACAAAGCAAUCUGCGAUUUCUCAAUCAGACCUGCCGACAAAGAUAAGUUCGUUGCAUUGAUUGCGACUAAUUCUGCACCUUAUUUCAAACUUGAUGGUGCAAAUGAGGAAUAUAUCACUUUCAAAGGUCAAUCUUGUCAUUUGACUUGA